CCAACUCUUAUAACAUAGCGAUUGUGUGCUCUUUGAAAUUAGACAGCUGAUUUAAGCAAAAAAUUGUUAUAGGCAUAUAAAUUUUUCAAGACAUUUAUUCUAUAAAUGUGAUUUUUAUUAUUAUAUUUGUUAUCAUUGCCAAAGAAUAAUCAAUAUGUUACGUUAUUGUAUAAAGCAUACGUUGUCGUACAAUAGUCCAGUUUUACGAGAAAGCUUCAAUAACCUAAAAGUUAACAAAGUAAAAUAUAUCAGUAUUUGGAGCAGCGCUUUGCAAAGGCCUUUUGCAACUAAAGUAGAGAAUGAAGAGAAAUUAGAACGAAUCUACUAUGGUCCUUUAACACCACAAAUUAGAGCUGUGAAGGUAUUUUCAUUGUGCUCGAGUCUAGCCGGUUUAGUAGCUCAGCCUAUACUCAUAAAAGAGGCGUCCACUAUCGGCAGUACUUCUCUACUGGUUGCAGUGUGUUCAGUUGUUGGUUUCUUUACAUUUAUCACACCUAUACUACUGCAUGUGAUAACCAAAAAAUACGUCACAGAAAUUGAAUAUGAUGAUGCCACUUCAACAUAUAAAGCAUCCACUGUGAACUUUUUUCUCGUGAGAAAAGAAAUUGACUUCAAACCAGAAGAUGUUGAAGUUCCUGAUGUUCCUGGCAUGUUCACAACAAUGAAUGCUAAAGGCAAACCACUCUUCAUAGAAGCCAGACACUUCACCGACCCAAUGCAUUAUGCUAAAAUAAUGGGUUAUGAUAAACCUAUGGAUUUCAAAAUGGGUGACAUAGAUGAUUCUAAUAAUAAAAAUAAAUAGCUUUAAAUACUAGUUUUAGGUUCCUGUAAAUUAAUUUUGUAGUUAUGUAAAUAAUAAUAUUUUUUGUUUAUA